UCGCGUUCUACACGCUCAUCUUACCUUCUCUCAUUGAUAUUUAUCAGUGUGUCCGAGUAAAAAAUAGUAAAACGACCACUUGACCCAGCAUUCAACCCAGCCUAAUUCGCAGUAAAAAAAAAAUUCAAAAAUUAAUUCAAAAAAAUUUAAAUCAAAUUAAGAUCCCGCGGAAGGUCAGCGGUUCCAAGAGAGGGUGAAGGAUUACUUGUGCUAACUUGUACCCAGUGACCAUCUGGUUCACUGCAGAUUCAAGUGGUAGAUUCUUACCGCAGACUGACUAUUUCAAACGUCAUUCAGAAGUUUAACUCAAUCAGAUUUGUCCCAAGUAUUUGGACAUUCGUUAUCUCGCCAUAAUCUUCUCUAAAGAUUUAAUUCAGCUUCCGUUAAUUUCGAGCCUCGAUAACUUUUUUUUUUUACCAAUAAAAUUAAGUGAAGAAAAAAUAGUGACAGUUAUCAGUAUUAAAUAAAUAACAAAAUAUGUCAGAAGUCGAUCUUGUAAAAUUAUAAAUUCUGACAUGUUAUUGACCCACGAACAACAGCCUAAUAAUGAUAAUAAUAAUAAAUAUGAGUAAAGAAUAAGGGUAUAAUAUAAUAUAUUUAUAAGUUGUUUAGUAAAGCAGUAACCAGACGGACAUAAGAACCCAACACGUAGUGAUUUAUCGUCGUGGGUUAAGGUCUUAGACCGUUCGAUUAUGUUUAUAAGAUGUUUUAGUGCAAAGCUGUCUGAUGGCUGUUUUAUGGGCCAACUUAGAACUCAUUAUUACUUUUUUAUGUUUAAAUAAAUUAUCAACGCUGGUCAUUGACUUUUUGAAUAAAUAAAUUAUUUAUUUAUUUAAUUUUAUUAUUAAAGUGAUAUUUAACAUAAAUAUAAAUAAUUAUAUUUGUCAAGUAUCGAGUGAUUGUGAUGACAUAAACUCGUCUCGAAGUUUAAUUGGGUUGUAUUAUAAGUAAUUAGCAGUUACUGUGUAUUAAGAGGUGACACUCUUGACGUCUAGACUGUUAAUUAAUCACUCAGCGUAAUAUCUUAGGAUAUUCAAAAUGAGGCUUCUCUGGAUGUUUAUUAUCAUGGUCGCUGCACUGCCAGCAGCAGUGCCCUGGGAAACGGAUCGCAGUAAGCCCAUGCCACGUUUGUACGGUGACAAGAUUCCCACGAGAGUCUUAACGCCAAGUAAUAAAAAAGUUCAAAGGAAAAUUGUUCUUUACCACAACUUUUUUCGGACUCACGUUACUCCGACAGCUGCAAACAUGCUCGCUAUGAAAUGGCACAGCGGAGCCGCCAAAGCAGCGCAAAGAUGGGCUGAGGCCUGCUAUGCACUCACACAUGACAAUGCCACGGGGUUGCAUAUCGACGCGUUCGGUAGCUGCGGACAAAAUAUAUUUAUUUCAACAGCUCAAGUUCCUUGGUUUUUCGCGAUAAAAACCUGGUACCUGGAGCACGAAAUAUUCAAAUACGGGCCGCACGCAAAAAAUGACCUGAGCCAGGUCGGGCAUUACACGCAGAUGGUGUGGGCGCCAACCCAUCGCGUGGGUUGCGGAUGGGCAAAGUGCAAUGGUACCAGAGGGCCACGUGGACAGCCCUACUUCAGUUACGUCUGCAACUACUGUCCAGCGGGUAAUUAUCCAGAUCGUCUUGGUACGCCUUACAAAGCGGGGGCUCCAUGUAGCAGCUGCAAGGAUCAUUGUCGGGUUGGUAAACUCUGCAAGAAUUCUUGUCCCUGGGCUGACUUGUGGGCUAAUUGCCGACAACUCUACGAAACGUGGCCGAAUUGGCUCUGCGAAAGUGACACACAGCAGGGACAUGAGCGCCGUCAAUUUUGUCGAGCUACUUGCAGAUGCCGGGACAAGAUUGUGUGAACUCCGAUGUCCAAAUCCACCAUCGACAGUGAUAAUUUCAUUUAAUCUCUAAAUUAUUCAUUAAUUAAUAUAUUAAAAUGUAUGUGAAUUCUGUCAUGCAGUACAAAAGUUAAAACUUUGCCCCAAUGGAAUUUUUUAAAAACAGUUUCAAUAAAAAUGCACACCAAUUUUGAAUUUUUUAUUCAUUAAUUUUACGAACUUUCAAAACGGAUUUUAGUCGAAACUUUUCACCCGGGCUACAGACAAUUCACUUCUGAAUACGUAGAAAAAAAAAUUAUUUGAUUCGGUCAAGUAGUUCUCGAGUUACAGAGAAUCCGUAAAUCCGUACGUUAAAAUGUACGGAUGUACGGAUUCGAUUUUUUCGGCUAAAUAUCAACGGAUUUUAUUGGAAUUUUUUUUGAAGUUGUUUAUUAGGGUGUCCUCUGUUGACUGGUUUACAUUUUUUAUUAUUUUGCGCUGCUGGAAAAAUUGCAGAGGAUAGAAAUUUAGCUGGAGAGGCAGUUGGGGGUGUGCAGUUUUAUUUUUUACAAAAAUGUGUUUAUUUUCGGGAGAUUGUCAAAAUGUAGGAAAAAGAGUAAAAAAAAAUGUAUAAUGUAUUUAAAUAUUUAAAUAAUGUAGUUGAUAUUUGCAUAUAACGUAUAAAGGGUACAUGAGAGCCGAGUGUUAUAUGAUACUGUUAGAGUGAAAAUUCCCUUGGGGCAUGGAAAUCGGGAGCGAGAUUUUUUGAUAUUUGUAAACGAUAAACUGUCUGUAUUUUAUGCAUGCAAUCUGUACAUA